AUGAUCAAGGUUCUGGAAACCAAGCCUUAUGAGGAGCAUGAGUUGAAGAUGAUGGUCUGUGGGGAUGACAUCUGCGAGGAUGACGAGGGCUGCUCCACGUGCCCGGCUGACUGUGGCGAAUGCCCGUUGGCAACAGACAUCAGGAUCGCAAUUGCCUUACCAAUAUGUCUGGUCUGCACUGGCUUUAUUCUGACAGUCGUGUGGUUCCAGUACCAAAAGCAAAAAAUGUUUUGGGAUGAAAGCUGGAUCAUAGACUUCAGCUGCAUCAAACAAGAAUACAUGGCAAGGACUGCAAUGGGGAGCGCCCUGAGUGUGCCACUUCAACCCAGCGCCUCCAAUACCAGCUGCCUCACGACACUGAGCUCCUGUACAGCAGCUGCCAACGCUUCCAAGAUGAACUAUUUUACGCAGACGGGGAUCUAUGAUGGUAGAACAGUGGCCAUCAAGAAAAUAAUGAACAAGACGUUUACUCUCACUAGGACCAUCCGUAAAGAAGUCAAACAAGUGAGAGAACUGGACCACCCAAAUCUCUGCAAAUUCAUUGGAGGCUGUAUUGAAGCGCCAAAUAUCGCCAUAAUCACGGAAUACUGCCCUAAAGGAAGUUUGACUGACGUGCUGCUCAAUGAAGACAUCCCUUUAAACUGGGGCUUCAGGCUUUCUUUCGCCACAGACAUUGCUCAGGGAAUGGCGUAUCUUCACCAGCAUAGGAUCUAUCAUGGGAGAUUAAAGUCCACCAACUGCGUCAUUGAUGACCGCUGGGUUUGUAAGAUUUCAGACUAUGGCUUGCAGUUCUAUAGAAAAGAAGAUGAUUUAAUGGAUUCCAAUGUUCCUCAUAAGCACUUCACACAAAUAUAUCUGGCGCCUGAGGCUCACGCCACACCAAACUUUGAACCAACUCCAGUUGCAGACGUGUACAGCUAUGCCAUCAUUUUAAUCGAAAUAGCAACAAGAAUUGACCCCACCCUGCUGAUCAGGAGGUGUAGGAAAAGCAAUCCAGCACAAAGGCUUACCUUUGAGCAAGUCAGGAAGUUGCUGCAGAAGAUGAACCCAAACAAAGUUAGCCCAGUUGACAUGAUGAUGACUUUGAUGGAGAAAUACAGCAAACACCUGGAGGUGUUAGUAGCAGAAAGGACUCAGGACUUGACGCAUGAAAAGCAGAAGACGGACCGUUUGUUGUACAGCAUGUUGCCAAAACAGGUAGCUGAUGAUUUAAGACAAGGAAAGGCAUCACAGGCCCAAAGUUACAUAAACUCCACAGUAUUUUUCAGUGACAUUGUUGGCUUCACUCAGCUCUCCAGCACCAGCACGCCUUACCAAGUGGUUGACUUCCUAAACAAACUCUACACGACCUUUGAUGAAAUCAUAGACAAUUACGACGUCUACAAGGUGGAAACUAUCGGAGAUGCCUACAUGGUGGUGUCAGGAGUGCCCAGGGAGAAUGGCAUUCGCCACGCCAGCGAAAUUGCGAGUAUGGCUCUGGACCUGGUCUCGGUGUGCAAAACGUUUAGGAUCCCGCACAAGCCCAAUACCCAGCUAAAGAUUCGAGCAGGGAUCCACUCAGGGCCAGUUGUGGCAGGAGUUGUGGGAACAAAAAUGCCCCGGUACUGCUUAUUUGGGGACACCGUCAACACAGCCUCCAGGAUGGAGUCCACCAGUGAAGCUCUCAAAAUACAGUGCAGUUCAAAUACAUACCAGCUGCUGGAACAGAUUGGAGAGUACAUAUUGGUGUGCCGGGGGAAUUUGCAAGUCAAGGGGAAAGGUGACAUGGUAACGUAUUGGCUGGAAGGAAAGAAGUCUAGUGCAACUCAAAAGAAGGCGCCAAGCCCUUCCACAACCUCUCAGACUCUUAACCAAAGUACUUGCAAUAUCAUCCCAGGUGUUAUAUAA